AUGGUCGCAGAACUCCCCCACCCCCGCCGAGUUGUCACCGGCCACGACGACGCCAACAAGGCCGUCUUCGUCGAGGACGGUGAGGUGCCCGCCGUCCAGAUCAGCGACACCGUCAACUUUGCCGUGCUGUACGAGACGCACGAGUUCCCCGCCGAUAACGGCGAGUGGAAGGACCCUGUCAAGCGGCGCACCGAGAGUCUGGCGAACAAGGACGGCGUGGUGCUGCGCGUGGUCGACUUCAAGCCAAACAACAGGGCUUUGUUUCACCGCACCGAGUCGCUCGACUUUGGCAUCAUCACCAAAGGGGAGAUUGUCUGCCGUCUCGACGAUGGCGUUGAAAAGACGUUCCGCGCAGGCGACGUCUGCGUCCAGCGCGGUACCAUCCACAGCUGGGAGAACAGGACAGACGAGACGUGCCGCGUGACGUUUGUGCUCAUCGCGGCCAAGACGAUCGACGAGAAGCUGGAGACGACGGGCUUCGCGGCCGAAGAGAUGGCUACUGGAGGAGAGAACUAA